AUGCCCUUUGGCAUAUCCUCGGCCUCGGAAGUUUUUCAUAAAAGGUUAUAUGCUCAUUUUGAUGAUAUAGAAGGCGUAGAGUUAUUUGUAGACGAUUUACUAAUACACGGAAAUUCAAAGAAUCAACAUGACUUUCGUCUACGUCAGGUUUUAGAGAGAUGUAAACAAAUUAAUGUUAAAUUAAAUAAGAAAAAAUGCAAAGUAAGACUAACGGAAAUUAAUUAUUUAGGUCAUAUAAUAACGCAGAACGGAAUCAAACCUGACGACACGCAUAUUCAGCCCAUAUUAGAUAUGCCGAAACCACAAAACACAAAAGAUUUAGAAAGGUUUUUGGGAUUAGUAACAGCAUGGCAUUGGGAAGAAAUUCAUGAUAAAUGUUUUGAGGAUCUAAAACGCUGCAUUACUAAUCCACUGGUUUUACAAUUUUACAGCUUAGACAUACCGAUCACAAUUUCCGUAGAUGCAAGUAAACAUGGAUUAGAGGCGUGUCUGAUGCAAAACGGUAAGCCAAUUUGUUUUGCUUCAAAAUCCCUAACGAAAACCAAGCAGGCUUAUGUACAAAUAGAAAUGGAAUUAUAUGCCUGCGUGUUUGCCUGCGGGAAAUUUUACUCAUAUAUAUACGGACGAAGUGACGUAACAAUCGAGACCGAUCACAAGCCUUUGAUAAGUAUAAUAAAAAAACCAUUUGCGGCAGCACCAACGAGGUUGCAAAGAAUGUUAAUAAGAUUACAACCCUAUACGUUUAAGUUAGUAUAUAAGCCAGGAAAAUACCUGUACAUAGCGGACGCCCUGUCCCGUGCUGUGGCGCCGAGCAAUGACAAGUGGGGUGAUACGCGCGACGAGCUGGAUGCCCGGGCGCAAGUGUGCGCGUUUGCACUUGCUAAUCCCCUCACAGAUACCCAUUUCGUGUGUUUGCAAAAGCUUACUCAAUCAGAUCAUGAAAUGCAGGAACUAAUUAAUUUAAUAAGAAAUGGGUGGCCGAACAGCAAAAAGGAUGUAAUUGACAUAUUAAAGCCAUACUGGGAUAGCAGAGAAGAGCUGACGGUUGCGUACAAAUUAGUGUGGAAAGGACAAAAAAUAGUAAUACAUAAAUGUAUGAGGCGCGAAAUGUUAAAAAUUAUACAUGUAGGACAUUUAGGAGCGGCGAAAAUGAAAUUAAGAGCUAGAGAAAUAAUGUAUUGGCCGAAUUUAAAUUCACAAAUAGAGGAUAUGAUAUCGCAUUGUCAAGCAUACCUCACCCAUCGUAACGAAAAUAGUAAACAACCACUGAUCCCACAUGAAGUUCCACACAGGGCGUGGUCUAAAGUAGGGAUUGACAUAUUUCAUUUCAAUAAUAAGUCAUAUUUGUUAGUCGUUGAUUAUUUUAGUAAGUUUAUAGAAGUUGAAAAGUUGUAUAACCUAACAUCCGAAUGCGUUAUAAAUAAAUUAAAAAUAAUUUUCAGUAGGCAAGGUAUCCCGGACAUGGUCAUGUCAGAUAAUGGCCCUGAAUUUACCAGCAGAAUAUUUAAAGAGUUUUGUAUCAAUUGGAGGUUUGGACAUAAAACGUCAUCCCCGCGGUAUCCGCAAUCAAAUGGACAAGCGGAAAGAGCAAUACAAACGGUAAAACAAAUGCUCAAGAAAACGCAGUAUGAUAAAUCCAACUUUAGGCUCGCGUUGCUGGAAUUCUUAAAUACCCCAAUAAGUAAAAAUUUGCCUUCCCCGGCUGAGCUUUUAAAUAACAGAAAACUUCGAAGCAUAGUUCCGUGUCCUCCGGAAAUGCUCCAACCGAAAUUAUUUAAUACACAACAAGCGCGCGAAAUACUAAAGUCCCGUCAAACCGUGCAAAAGAGGUAUUACGAUAGGGGCAGUAAGUUUCUAAAACCCUUAAGCAUAGGUGAUAAAAUUAAAGUACAUAUUAAUGGUAAAUGGGUCGAUGGUAUAGUAAUAGACAUUUUAGGAGAAAGAUUAUACGUAUUAAAGUUGCAGUCGGGGAGAAUCAUACGUCGAAAUCGAAGGCAUAUUAUCCGCGACAGCUAUUUACGACCGGAAAAUAAAACCGUUACACAAGCAUAUGAUUUUGAUGACGUAUUAGCAACAACACCCAACGCGCCGACAUCACCGCGCCCGCAUACCGUUCCCGCCAGCUCCAGUGCCCCGCCCCGUUCAUUCAAUAUAUCCACCACAGCAACCACAGCUCCAUAUACUACUACUACUACUAAUGCUUACGUUACUCAAUCCGGCAGGGUAGUGAAAGUUCCUGAUCGGUGGGGAUAUUCCUGA